AUGAAGAUCGCUAUUACCGGAGCCCGCGGCACCGUAGGACGCGCCGUUGUCAGAGAGGCCUCUCAGGCCGGCCACUCCACAGUCCAGGUUGAUCGGACCGAUACUGAGUACGAUGGGACGCCCAAUUCCGAGAUGAAGACCGCAGACACGGCCAAUAACUACGAAGCCACGCUUGAAGCCUUCAAAGGUUGUGAUGCCGUUAUUCAUCUUGCUGCCAUACCAGACCCCAUAGGGAAGGAUGACCAAGUGGUACACAACAACAAUGUUACAUCGGCAUUCAACGGCUUCUAUGCUGCUGCACAACUGGGGAUCAAACGCUUCUGCUAUGCGUCGUCAGUAAACGCGAUCGGUCUCGAAUAUGCCACGCGACCGCUUCAAUUCGAAUACUUCCCCGUUGACGAAGAAGCACCGCCCAACCCGACAGAUUCUUACGCACUGGCUAAGCAAGAAGCUGAGACCCAAGCAAGAACAUUCGCUCGAUGGUUUCCCGGAAUGAACAUCGCGUGUAUGCGUAUCCAUGCUGUGGCGUCCCGUGAGGAGGCACAGAAAGGACACAAUGAGAAUUGGGAGGACUCAGCCGUUAAGAGCUUGUGGGGAUGGGUGAGCCCGGAUGCGACGGCAAGAGCCUGCUUGUUGUCUGUGGAGAAGGCUGAGAAACUCAAUGGAUGUGAGAUAUUUAAUGUUGUUGCUCCAACCACGACGCAGGACACGCCAUCGAUUGAGCUUGCGAAGAAGUAUUAUCCCGAUACCGAGGUUCGGCACGAACUCAAAGGAAACCAGUCUUUCUUUACAGCUGAAAAGGCGAAUAGGAUCCUCGGAUGGGUACAUGAGGAGUGA